GCGAUUUCUUUCUUCUAGGGUGAAAAUUCCCCAAAUUGAUUCUUUCCUGGAAUGCAUCGGCGGCCUUGAAUUUGACGAUCUGGCUCUCCUCUAGACUUCGAUCGUUCCCAAAUCGAGCUCGAUCCAAACCAUGUUCCUUUUCGAUUGGUUUUAUGGGAUUCUUGCUUCCCUCGGUCUGUUGCAUAAGGAGGCCAAGAUCUUGUUUCUUGGCCUCGAUAAUGCGGGAAAGACAACCUUGCUUCAUAUGUUGAAGGAUGAGAGAUUGGUACAACAUCAGCCGACCCAGUAUCCGACAUCAGAGGAGCUUAGUAUUGGGAAAAUUAAGUUUAAGGCAUUUGACUUGGGAGGUCAUCAGAUUGCAAGAAGAGUCUGGAAGGAUUACUAUGCCAAGGUGGAUGCUGUCGUGUACCUGGUGGAUGCCUAUGACAAGGAGAGGUUUGCUGAGUCAAAGAAGGAACUAGAUGCACUCCUUUCCGAUGAGGCUCUUGCCAACGUACCCUUCCUUAUACUAGGAAACAAGAUUGAUAUACCUUAUGCUGCCUCAGAAGAUGAGUUGCGUUACCACCUUGGCCUGACCAACUUCACCACUGGUAAGGGGAAGGUAAAUCUCACAGACUCAAAUGUCCGUCCGCUAGAAGUAUUCAUGUGCAGCAUUGUUCGAAAAAUGGGAUAUGGUGAUGGCUUCAAGUGGUUGUCUCAAUACAUCAAGUAGGGUAACAAACAGGAAGAUGUGCUACACAGAUGAAUCCCAUGUCACAACACACUUCCUCCCCAAGAAAUUGUAUCCAUGGGACUGUUUUGAACCGGCUCCUUGGUUGGUUUUAAAUUGAAUGUAUUUUGUUUUGGAAUAUAUGUGGAAUGGAGGUAUUAAAUGUCACUAUGUAAAAUCUGUUGUGGUAGCAUGUCUCUGAUAUUCUAGAUUGUGAACUUUCUCCAUGUCUUGCACAAUCAAACUCUUAUUUGUAAGGGUAAAAAUAUUAUUUU